AUGACCUUUCCUGCGGUGCAGAGAGGGUUCGAGGACAAGGCUGCCCUUGCGCACGAAAAGAUGAUCACUAUGAAGAUUGGUCGGGGUGGUCAGGCUGUAUUUAUGGUCCCUGAAGAUAGCAUACGCGCCUCAUCCGAGUUUGUCGAUGCCGCGAUGAGAGGACCAUGGCAAGAAUCGCAAGAGCGCUCCAUCUCACUACCCGACUUCGACAAGCAGGACUUCGGCAUAUACUUUCACUGGCUUCUUUCAGGUGUCAUUCACACUAGACAACGUAACGAUCAUGCACCAUCGGCCUUGUUUUACGAGAUCGUGAAGUUGCCUGGGUUGUUUGAUCUGGGUCAUUACUUAGUCGACACCGACUUUAGGGAUGCUCUAAGCGACGUUCUGGUACAAUGCGCAAGCGAACUAAAGCGUGUCCCAUACUCGUUCCCACCAGAGUACGGAAGGUGGUUUUACAAGAAGGUACCGUCUGGAUCGCCCACAAGAAAGCUAGUUGCAGACCUCAUUGCGUGGACGCUGAAUGAACAAGAACUCGGAAGUUUGGCGGCAGGAAAGCUCACUAAGGAACCGGAGCUAUUACUGGAUGUCCUCCUAGCCGUUGGUGGAAGAUACAUCACUCGACCACCCAGAAAUUCGCCAUUUGAUGGUUGGAAGACGAGCUGCAAGUACCACUGUCACGGCGACGAGAAGACUUGCUACAGGAAGAAAUCCGACACCAUGGGAACUCGCGUCGUCACCAUCAGUGUCGGCAUAAAACCCGAUCACGAAGAUUUCACGGUCCACGCAAAGCUUAUCCGAGAAUCUUCAGCUCUAAUCGAUGCGAACUUGCUAGCGGAUGAUAGCGAAAAUAAGGAAGGCCCGAUCGUCCUCACAGAUUACCAGCCAAAAGACUUCAUGAUCUACGUUCAAUGGCUGUACACCGAACGCGUCCUUAUGGAAGCUGAAGGUCUCGCGAAGAUGGUGCAUGAAGGUCGAAAACUGAUCAGAGGCUACCUUCUUGGAUGCCACCUCGACGACGAUGACUAUAGGGACACACUAAUGGACUCCCUGAUGGAAUGGGGAGACAGAACCAACGCCGAAGAUUUUGCCACACUGCUUUCCGAGAUCAUCCAAACCGUAUUCAAUCGCACUGAUGCCAACAAUCCACUUCGAAAGUUCAUCGCAGACUACACUGUCUGGAACACGGACUAUGAAUACUGGGCCAAUAACUACCAGUUAUUUCCCGACAGAUUCGUUGCGAUGGUUUCGCUCGGGAAUUCUUAUCGCUGCCACCUUGACGGCUCUGGCCCUUCCGAUCGUGCGAAUGAUGAACCUUGCUUGUACCACUGCCAUGAAGACAGGAUUUGCUACAAAGAGAGGUCUGAUAGGUAA